CGGUACCGUAGACAGCAGCGCUCCCUCUCUUCUCUAUUUCCCCGUGCAGUCCCGUCCAGGCACACUAGUCACAUUGCUCCUCCGGCGCACACGUUGAGGAAGAUCUGUGCUAGCGAUCAGCACCAUCAUGGACAACAUAAAGGAUGGAUGGUUCACCGAGACGUGCACGUUAUGGCCCGGGCAGGCGAUGAGUCUUCAGGUGGAGGAGAUUCUGCACAAUAAGAAAUCCAAGUUUCAAGAUGUGAUGGUUUUUAAGAGCAAAACGUAUGGGAACGUGCUCGUCCUUGAUGGGGUUAUUCAGUGUACAGAAAGGGAUGAGUUUUCUUAUCAAGAAAUGAUCGCAAACCUUCCCAUCUGCUCCCACCCAUCCCCUAAAAAGGUCUUGAUCAUAGGCGGUGGGGACGGGGGAGUGUUACGAGAAGUGGUGAAGCAUCCCCUGGUGGCGUCCGUGGUUCAAUGCGAGAUAGACGAGGAUGUGAUCAACGUCUCCAAGAAAUACCUUCCAGGGAUGGCUGAGGGCUUCUACAGCUCCAAGCUCACCCUCCACGUUGGCGACGGCUUUGAGUUCAUGAAGCAGAACCAGGACGCCUUCGACAUCGUCAUCACCGACUCCUCGGACCCUGUAGGCCCCGCCGAGAGUUUGUUCAAGGAAUCGUACUACGAACUGAUGAAGACUGCCUUGAGGGAGGGAGGGAUUCUCUGUUGCCAAGGAGAGUGUCAGUGGCUCCAUUUGGAGCUCAUCAAGGAGAUGCGGACCUUCUGCAAGACUCUAUUCCCCGUGGUGGAGUACGCAUACUGCACCAUCCCCACCUACCCCAGCGGCCAGAUAGGCUUCAUGCUGUGCAGUAAAAACACAGAAACAAAUUUCCGGGAGCCGGUGAAGGAGCUGUCACACGAGGAGGUGGAGAGUAUGAACCUCAAGUAUUACAACUCUGGAGUCCAUCGGGCGUCCUUCAUCCUCCCCGAGUUCGCCAGAAAGGUUCUCAGCUCUGUCUGAGCCCCCUAACAACGCCCCCCCCCCCCCCCCUUGGAUCCUUCGGAGAGAGAGAGAGAGGGUGAACGAGAGGGGAAGAUAUUAUUUGACGGAGCUGGCCAGGAAAUGUAAAUAAAAUAGGAAGAAAUGGCUUCAAUCCUCCUGGGCCAGGGAGCGCCACGGGGGCGAGGAUAACGGAGCAUCGAGACAACCCGCAUUCAAGUGACAUUCUACAAGCUAUCGCCCAUUCAGCCCCACAUUGAAAUCUUAAAACUGAUUUAUUUUUUCCCGUUAUUCGAUUUGAAGAACAGAAUUGUUUUUGUUCCAUUUUCACCACCACAUACCUCGCUUUUAGUUUGACAGUAUAUGUUUUUAUUUGUUUGACUAUAUUUUAUGGCAUUUGUAACCCCCUUGCCUCUUUAUAAGGACUCUCAUUGGCAGUGUUAAGUUGGUGAGCAGGGUGGUUCUGUGCCAUGUGUUCUGGAAGUAUCUGGGUUCCAAUCCACCAUUACGACUCUGUCAGGAUAAUACUGUUGUGAUUUUCUCCCAUCCCAUGUAUUUUUUUUAUUAUUUGUAUUGGUCAGUUGCAUAACAACAAGUCAACUGCCCGUUAUUGAGUCAAGACUACAUAUAGUGGUAUUGUACGCUGCUAAUGAAUGAGAUGAUGUAACUGCUAUUGUGUUAAAUGUAAUGUUACCGAAUAUUACAUUGGAGUGUUAUUCUGUCACCAUCAUGGAAGUAAGAUAUUCACUGUAUCUAUCAACUGUAAAUCCUCAUUUAAUGUUGAGAAUUUUCUCACCAGAUGAAUGCGAUCAUGUUUUUAUAAAGUAUGAAUCAAUAGAUGGCAAAGUUUAAA